AUGGUCCGUGCUUCAUUAUGGUUCGAUUUUAACCCUGACGUGUGUGCAGGGUUCCCUCUUAACCCUGACGUGUGUGCAGGGUUCCCUCUUAACCCUGACGUGUGUGCAGGGUUCCCUCUUAACCCUGACGUGUGUGCAGGGUUCCCUCUUAACCCUGACGUGUGUGCAGGGUUCCCUCUUAACCCUGACGUGUGUGCAGGGUUCCCUCUUAACCCUGACGUGUGUGCAGGGUUCCCUCUUAACCCUGACGUGUGUGCAGGGUUCCCUCUUAACCCUGACGUGUGUGCAGGGUUCCCUCUUAACCCUGACGUGUGUGCAGGGUUCCCUCUUAACCCUGACGUGUGUGCAGGGUUCCCUCUUAACCCUGACGUGUGUGCAGGGUUCCCUCUUAACCCUGACGUGUGUGCAGGGUUCCCUCUUAACCCUGACGUGUGUGCAGGGUUCCCUCUUAACCCUGACGUGUGUGCAGGGUUCCCUCUUAACCCUGACGUGUGUGCAGGGUUCCCUCUUAACCCUGACGUGUGUNCUGAGCACGCCAAAGCACCGUACAAAUUACGGCUGUUCUACGGCGACCGAAGCUUGAAACCAUCGUGGAAUAACACGGACUACACGGGCGUGACACACGUAACCUUCCACCCCAUGUACGAUUAUCGUAACUAUCACUCCGACGUCGCGGUGCUGACCCAUGCAGAGCCCGUGGUGGGACGUACGGCCGUGACGCUGCCGUCCUCGAGGGAGACGUACGAGGGCAGCACGGUCAUGGUGCUGAACAGCAGCAUGGGGAAGACCUCAGCCCUCCCCUCCGCGCGGGUGUUGGGGAGGACGCAAUGCAGUGAACGGCUGGGGAGGCGCGUCCUACAGCAGGAGAUGUGUCUUGAGACCCACAACCCCAGCUUCCCCAAGUGUAUGGAGGCAGGGGGCGCCGUGGUCGCGGGGGUCCCCGUCGCCCCCGUCCUCGUGGGGAUCAUGGCGGGCGCCCCCGCCCCCCGCUGCGGCAAUACGUCGCCCCGCGUCGCGCUGCGCGUCGGUGACGUCAUGAAGUUCAUUGACCUGGCGACCCACGCUACGUCGUGACACUUGAGUCGCCAUGUGGGGUGACACUUGAGUCGCCAUGUGGGGUGACACU